AUGGGGGUUCAUAUUUCAUCCUCUACAGUUGGUAGCAAGAACCGUGAGGUUCAACAGACACAUAGGGAUACACAAGAGUUUGUGGGUGCUCCUAGGACAAGCAAUAGACAACAAAGACAACCUACUAGAUUUAAUGAAUAUAUGGCUUUAAUCAAUGAGUUGGUAGAUGGAAAUCAUUCUAGUUAUCAGGAGGCUACACAAAAACAGGUGUGGCGAGAUGUGAUGGUUGAGGAGUAUACCUCAAUAAUGCAAAACCAUGUGUGGGAGGUUAUUCCUAGACCAAUAGAUAGGGUGGUGGUUGGAUCACGUUGGAUCUAUAAGAUCAAGCAUGGUGGAGAUGGUAUCAUCAAGAAAUACAAGACAAGGUUUAUGGCUAAGGGGUUCUUUAAAAAGGUGGGAAUAGACAAUGAGGAGACAUUCACUCCAAUGGCCAGGUAUACUUUUAUACGAGCUAUGAUCUCACUUGCAGCAUAG